CUUUCCUUUCGGCGCAAACGAACAAAAUAUUACGAGACGGCAACCUCGUAUCUCCCUAGAAGGGUCUACACGUACCUACAUGCUUAAUAUUCAUCGGUCAUGGAGAAAGGCCCGUUCUUGGUGCGGACCUGUCUGCGUAUCUUGGGGCUUCUGCCCGGUCCCCGAUCCGAGACGAUCGCAGGUCGGUGCGCAAGCCUCUGGAAUCGAUGUCGGCACCGAAGUUUAUAUGGAUCGAUGGAAGAUGAGGAAAUGAGUUGUGGCAUCGUUUCUUUUCUGGCUCUUACAUCAGUCGUGCUGCUUCACUUCGUAGACCUCGCCAUCAUAUGCGUGGAUUUCGUGGGCAAGCAAAAGGACACUGUCUUCGUCAUUUCCUACUUGACGUACCUCCCCCACCUGACCAUGACACUCUUGUUCUGUCUUGGAAUGAGACUGUAUCUGUCUUUCGUGUACGACCCAAACAGAGAUCGCCUGGCCGUGUUUUCUGUAGACUACCUAAAGGCGCGCUCCGAGUACAGCCCCGGUAACCUGUGGUUGCGCUUGGCCGUGUUCAUGGCUCUACCCAUGGUCUGCAUUGUCAUGAAGUUCUUGGUGUUCUUCAAGGAGUCCGGUAGUGCCUACUGCCCCCGGGAUGCCUUCGUUUACAUCAGGACCAUAGGGGGCGUGGCCGGGUACGCCCUGUACGGCAUCUUCUGCUUCGUGAUCCACAGCCUCCAGAUGUCGCAUCGCGAAGAGUUUCACGUCGACGCGGUCAAGAUCAGCCAGCGAGCUGCGUCUGAGAUCGAGACCACCAAGAGCGACAUACGAAAGCUAUGCUUCGGCUUCCGGAGCUUUCGCGAUUUGGUCGGGGCCUGGCUGGUAUUGUCCUUCUCCCUGGCGGUCUUCGGCGUGUUCUUCAUGAUCCCGUACACAAUGGACACACUGCCGGAGAUCAGAAAGCACUUGAAGCGAGAGGAGUCUAACUUACUGCUGUGGACCGUCUUCACGUGGUGCGACAAGAUCCUCUUUCUUGCGGGUCCCCUGCUGGCAGCCGGGGGGUUGAACGUCGGGCUUCCUUGGCGCAUUUUCAGAGAAAGCAUCCUCCAGGCGUGGGACCGGCAUGGGGCCGAAUACACCGAGGACGUCAAGGAUGAAAGAGCAGACAGAGCGGACAGCAAGACGCUGGAUGAGAUCAUCACACACAUCAGUCUCCUGAAAGACGGUGGGUCCUGGAUCAAGUCAACUCUCAUCUUCUCUAUCAUCAGCAUCUACCUGGGGACCACGCUGGACCCUUCCCAAGACUUGGACCCUUGGAUCGGUUUAGCUUGCAGACCAUAUUUCAAUGACACCGAUCCGCAUUAAACUCCGGACUUCGUCUCCGGGCCUGCUAUGUGACGCCCCAUGCAACCCGAAUACAUACCCUUUCGUGAGUUUUUUUUAAUUGUUGGUUUAUCGAAAUACAAAAGUUUUUCGCUUUCGAAACACAAAACGAACGAAAACGAUCGUUGGCUGCGUCAAAAGUGGAGUAAAAAAAUCCAGUUAGCGCAAGGUAGACUAGUUCCCACCUCCAAUUUUGGGACCUGGGGAACCAGUGUGAUCGCACGCGAACCCGUUGUGUUCAAAUGCAAAUAAAAGAGGGUAUCAGACACCCUAAAACAAAUAGUGUUUUCGUUAAAACUAUAUACAUACGAGUUAAACUAUCGAACUGUUGAAGAGUAGGGGGCCUAUAUGGACACAUAGUGAACCAAGUGGAGAUUCAUAAGAGGCUGGACUGGGCGGGGCUCCCUUAAAAGCGGGACCAAGGGGUGUAUGAAAGA